CUUCAAUAAAUCAAUACAUUUAACAAAAGACAAACUUCAUUUUCCCACUAGUGGGGCAAAUUAAACCAUUAUUAAUUUAAAGGAUUGUGUUAUCAACAUUAACAGAAAAGUGUUUGUAUUAUCAUGGGAAUAUGAAUAUGCUCAUUUCAUAUUAUAAGAUACGUAAAUUAUUUUGUAAUUCAUUUAAUUUAUUGAAAUCUGGUAAACUAUCUUAGAAAAAUGAUUCUCCUGGGAAACUUAUUGAUCUAAUAUAGCAACUCAGAUAUUUUGUUUUUAUUUUGAUUUCGAUCGAGAAUCAAGAUUCGAACACGGAAGUAGUUGGUUUCUUGUUGUUGACGCUUGCAUUGCGAAACAUGUCCUUUUGCUUAAUUAAAAAUAUAAAAUAUGUUUAAAUUAUGGUGAAUGAUACAUUGACUCCAUGAUACGGCAAGUUAAUCCAAAAUAUGGCUUCGAGGGGAGAAAAAGCGAAUGGAAAUGGCGAGGAGCAGAUCGUCGAGACAUUGGCGGAGGUGUUCCGGUGCUUCAUCUGUAUGGAGAAGCUGGUGGAUGCACAUCUGUGUCCUCAUUGUUCGAAACUCUGUUGCUACGGUUGUGUGCGACGAUGGCUAACGGAGCAGAGAUCCCAGUGUCCACAUUGUCGUGCCGCUCUGCACCUCCAUGAGCUCGUGAACUGUCGUUGGGUAGAAGAAGUUACACAGCAAAUCGAAACUAUGCAACAAACAAAUUCCGCUUGUCAAAGGGAAAGUUUUCGCGACAGGUGUCCGACACAUCAGGAGAGGCUAACUGUCUACUGCUGGACAUGUCGGCGCUGUAUAUGUCAUCAGUGUGCUUUAUGGGGUGGCACACAUUCGGGCCACACAUUUAAACCAUUGGAAGAAGUGUAUGAGCAACAUGUAACUCAGAUAAGAGACGAAGUAGCCCAGCUGCGACGUAGACUGAUGGAGCUCAUAAGUCUAGUACAGGAUGUGGAACGUAAUGUCGAAUCCGUGCGCGCUGCGAAGGACGAGCGUGUACGUGAGAUUCGAAACGCCGUGGAACUCAUGAUUUCGAGACUCGACUCCGCGCUUAAAGCGAAGCUGUUGACUCUGAUGGGUCAGAAGAAUGGCCUCACCCAAGAGACAGAGCAGCUCGAGCAUCUCCUGCAGGAGAUUGAGCACCAAUUACAUUCCAGCACUAGAUCUGAACUGAUAGCGAAGAGCAUGGAUUUGUCAAAAAUGAUUCAUCAAGUGCGGAGGAAACCGAUGGCUAGUUUCGUCUCCGCGCCCGUACCGGCCGAUUUCCAUAGCGAGAUCGUGCCGAGCUACGACAGCAGCACGUUCCCGCUGGGCGGCUUCACGCAGCUGCAGCACGCGGCGGCGCCCGUGUACUCGGCGCCGCUGCACGUCAACGGGCUGUGCUGGCGCCUCAAGGUGUACCCCGACGGCAACGGCGUCGUGCGCGGGAACUACCUGUCCGUGUUCCUCGAGCUCAGCGCCGGCCUGCCCGAGACCUCCAAGGUAGGCAAGAGGUACGAGUACCGAGUGGAGAUGCUGCACCAGGUGUCGCGCGACCCGUCCAAGAACAUCGUGCGCGAGUUCGCGUCCGACUUCGAGGUGGGCGAGUGUUGGGGCUACAACCGCUUCUUCCGCCUCGACCUGCUCGCCAGCGAGGGCUACCUCAACCCCGACACAGAUACACUCAUUUUGAGGUUCCAAGUUCGCCCGCCUACGUUUUAUCAGCGAUGUCGCGAUCAGCAGUGGUAUAUCAACCAGCUGAUUACAAUGCAGAAUCAGCACAUUCUGCAGAUUAAUGAUCUCAAGGAGCGCUUGACACUGGAGAUGUCCCGCAACUCGAUGGCGGCGACGCGCGCGAGCCCGCCGGGCGCCGUAACGUCACCGGCGGCGGCCGGCGCGGGGGAGGACAACCCGUCGCAGAACAACCCCGUGGACGGGAACGGCCUCACCGAUCCGAUCGUCUUCGGGAACCAGUGGAAGUUCAACACGCCGCAAACCAUUCUUAACGGACAGCGGCUGACUAGCCCGGGCAUCCUGAACACGGCCAUGUACGAGGAGGCGGGCGCGGGGAGCGCGGGCGGCGCGGGCGGCGUGUGCUGCGCCGAGUUCGCGGCCGAGCGCGCGCGCAGCUCCGCGCAGCACGCGCUGGACUCGCCCUACAACAUGCCGUCCACGUCCAGGUCCGCGAGCUCUCUGCAGGGUGCAGAUAACUUAGCGCUGGUGAGCCUUCACACGCUUUUGAGUGCGACCGCGCCCGCUCGUCCCAUACGACCCCGAGUGCGCCUCGACAGACCUGCAGAGUCGCCGCUCGUCGCAGUGGCAAGUACACCCGUGACAGAAGCGAGCACCACUAGUACUACUGUAUUAUGUUCGUCGUUAUCGUCUCCAGAGCUGAACGGCACCACCAGCACCAACGGUGAAGCAGGAGCAGCGAAGCCCGAAGACUCUGCCGGAGGCUCCACUAGCCCUCAACCAGUUGUGACACAACCCGUUUCCGAAUCGAGCAGUGACACCGGAGAUCUCAUGUUCAGUGAGUUGGAUGGUUUCGUGGAUGAAAACAACACAAAUCACACCGAUGAGAUCUCCAACGAGGAAAACGACGUCGACGAAGAAACUAUGUCAGGAGAGAAUGACAUAGAAGGUGCGUGCGGUGGACGUUCCAACGACGCGGGCGACAUCCUCAGCCGACUGCUGUGCGCCGUGCACGGGCGCGGGGUCACGCCGGCGGGCAGCGACGGGCCCUUGUCGCCCGCGCACGCCACUCCGCACGUGUCCGCGCACACCACUGCGCACACGCCCUCGCACCCGCACUUGUCCUCGCACUCCACCGCGCACGCCCCCCCGCAGGGACCCCACCACUCGUUCUUGCAUCUGCCCGCCACCCUGCCCACACCAGCGCGGCACGACGACCCGCAGUUCUCCACCUCCGCUCACACCGACAUGCUGCUGCUCAACCUCAUGCGCAUCAACGGCCUGACGCCCAAGUGCCCGAAGAGCUCGCGGACCGGGCCGAAGCGCAACUGGUCCACGUCGUCGCAGGGCGAGGCCCCGUCGCGGCCGGCGGGCGGCGCGCAGCCCCGCGCGACCCGCCCCGCGCGCCGCCCGCCCCGCGCGCCCCGCAACCCGCCGCUGUCGCCCGGGCAGCUGCAGCGGGACCUGCCUCCGAGCAUGGGCUGGGCGGGCGCGGCGAGCGGCAUGGUGGGCGCGGGCGCCAGCGCGCUGCGCGAGUGCUACUGGCCGUCCGCCUCCUCGCUCAGCGACACCGACGACGUCGAGGUCAUUCUCGACUACAACGACACACUAUUCGACAUGCUGUUGAACAGCCUGUCUCUAGAGGGCGGAAGCGUUGCUGAAUGCGAUGAGGCGCCUCCAGUGCAGCCUUGGAGCCCCGCCCGCGAACCACGUAACGAUUGAUUCGUGCGGCGACAACAUCCGCACCAACCACCACACCGACAUGACCAGCACUAUCCGCACUAAGCGCACUACCGGCUGGAAACCACGCCCUAACAAGACGAAUACCACUGCGAGUACCAUCACUAAAUAUUGACAGCUUUUAAAAAGUUCUAUUUCAAUGUUAUUCGUUUUAAUCCUACUACAAUAAACAAAUUAUAAAAUUAUAAUUUGACAGAAUAAUAAUUA